ACGGUCAGGGGAGCACCGUGGCUGGAAUAUGUUUCCACAUUCAUGUCUUCAUCAAUUCAAAUCAAACCGGCCAUGACUUACUGCACUGCAUCGAUUUUUCGAGAAGAAAGAUGGACGAAAGUGGUUUAACAGGAAAGCAGAAAAUUACACUGCUAUCGGCAUGGGGUUUACUCAAACAAGAAAGCAGCCUCCAUGGUCGAAAUAUGAUGUUCCUACUCUUCCGGGAGCAUCCCCGUUACCUGCCAUACUUUGACUUCAGCUCCGAUUCCACCAAUUCCAAUCUGGCCGAUAACAAAAGCUUCCACCUGCAUGCUGUGAACGUGAUGGGCGCCAUCGGAACAUUGAUAGAGUGUGGUCUCAACGAUCCGGAAGUGUUCCGAAAGAAGCUGUUCCACCUCGUGGAAGUCCAUAAAGCCCGAGGAGUGACACCGUUGGACGUUCAGCUGUUUAGCGAGAUAAUAACGGACUACCUCGUGGAAGUGCUGGGUCGUCAAGCGGCCAACUCCCUGGCGGAUGCCCUCGGUAAGCUGUUCGAUCAAUUUGCAGAAGCUUUUGCGUAUCAGGACUGACGGGAUUUAUAGCCGUGCAAUAAACCAUAUCUCGAGAUGACAACCAUAUUGAGAUGAUUGAUUGUAUCGGAUUAGGUUUCAUGCGGGUUUGGGGAAGGGGGUGUCAGGGAGGGGGUUAGUUUUCCACUGCGUGCCGGCAAAUGACGUAUUUUUCACGGAUCGGUUUCUCAUUCACGGCGUGGAGAUUCAAUUCAUGCACAAAGCGAAUUAAGGUCAAUCAAUCACAUCCGCUCUCGAGAGGAUCCAUAAUGGUAGUGGGGGGUGUGCUUAUUAUGGAAAAAAAGAAUAACGUUUCGAGAAAUUUCACAUAAUGUAAUGGUGCCGAACUGUGUCAGCUAUGUAGGUCAUUUGUGAUGACAGUAUAUGAAGAUGGAAUUCAAUUAUAGUUUCCGAUAAUGAAUUAUAGAAUGUUGCAGAAUUUAAUGAACCUUAAGAAGUUUCACUCUAAUGUAACAUAUGUAUUUAAAUUAAUGAAUGAAAUUUAUUCAUAGCUAUGCAAACAUGUAUCUAAAAACGUUAAAGUAUCUUAAAGUAACAAUCGAGUCGAAAAAUCUGUUUCAAUUUGAUAACUUAAAUCUUGAGCGUUUCCUCAACACUCACGUCCAAUUAGGCAGUAAAAUUUUAUAAUUUAUGGCCUACUUAGCUUGCCCACACAUGUGUUCGCAGAGCAGAAGAUUAUAGUCGAAGUAACCACUCUACAACGCUUCCAUCUAAAAGUCGUUCCUUAAGUACCUAACCUCAAUGGUCGUUUGCGGUACAAGUUCAUUCAGCAGAAAUUGAGCUACGUACAUUCCGGCUCGUGGUACGUGAUUUCCUCGGGAAAAGCGACUAACAACCACCUUUUUAGUCGCUAAACAGCAGAGAAAGUGAACUUUUCAGAAGAAGAAAAAAGAAACAACUUCGCUACCGGAGAGGAAGCUAAUUUUAAUUAGCAUCCAAAGGACGCUGGAGGCCACGAUUUAGGCUCUGGAAGGCGCUCGUGCAUGCAAGGCGGGUCCUUCGAUGGGUUGAAAUGUGUUAAGGAGUGAGAGGGCUCUUUCAUUGCUUGAAGCAAUUUAUGCGUAGGAAAAGCAAAAAGAAGCUAUUUGCUUUAAUGAGUGUUAAGCCAUAUGCCCCGGAGGGAUAGGUGGGAAGAUAACGAGGCAAUGUUUGUAGGAACCCUGUAGAUUUAUUCGAAGGCAUGCUAAUGUGUAUCUGGGAGGCAAAGAAUGCUGGAAUCUAUUUCAAAACUGCUGAAAGCAUCAACUUUCUUUUUACGAGUUUUUUUAAUUUCCCAGUAGUUUAGUGAUUUUGAAAAGGUUUCAGAUUUUUCCAUACUUAUGCUCACUUCUUUUUCAAACGUUUGACCUUUUCCAUUUAAAUACUGAUAAAUUCUGUAAAACUCACCGGAACCUCAUUUUCAAUAAAAUGUGUACCAAGUGAAGCCAUAUUAAACAUUACUCCCAUAAACUCAUGUGGUCUUCUCAAUUAUGCCCAAAAAGAAUGAUUUUGAUCACUAGCACGUAUCAAAAAGUUUUUCCCUUCUCGUAGACCAACACUGACAGCAAAUAUGCUUUCCCUCUUGAGACAUCAGACCCUCCGUCCUCACUCG